AGAGUAGAAAUUCCGUUUUGUCUACAAAUUAAAACCCGCUGUCUUCUCUGAGAACUUACUCAAGGAAUCAAUCGGCGAUGGCGACGACAAUGGUUGAAGACACGAGCUUCGAAGAGGACCAACUAGCUUCCAUGACUACCGAGGAUGUCGUCAGAGCUUCUCGUCUACUCGAUAACGAGAUUCGUAUACUCAAGGAGGAGUUGCAGAGGACGAAUCUUGAUUUAGAGUCAUACAAGGAGAAGAUAAAGGAAAAUCAGGAGAAGAUUAAGCUCAACAAGCAGCUGCCAUACUUGGUUGGGAACAUUGUUGAGAUUCUGGAAAUGAACCCAGAGGAUGAAGCUGAGGAAGAUGGGGCAAAUAUUGAUCUUGACUCACAAAGAAAAGGGAAAUGUGUUGUGCUGAAAACAUCUACACGUCAGACAAUUUUCUUGCCUGUUGUGGGGCUUGUUGACCCUGACAAGCUGAAGCCUGGUGAUUUGGUUGGUGUAAACAAGGAUAGCUAUCUGAUCUUGGAUACUUUGCCAUCUGAGUAUGACUCACGAGUGAAAGCUAUGGAGGUCGAUGAGAAACCAACUGAAGACUACAGUGAUAUCGGAGGGUUGGAGAAGCAGAUCCAAGAACUUGUUGAAGCUAUAGUUUUACCAAUGACACACAAGGAGCGUUUUCAAAAGUUAGGUGUUCGUCCACCCAAGGGAGUGCUUUUGUAUGGACCUCCUGGGACUGGGAAAACUUUGAUGGCUCGCGCUUGUGCGGCCCAAACAAAUGCCACUUUUUUGAAACUGGCUGGUCCACAACUUGUCCAGAUGUUCAUUGGAGAUGGAGCAAAGCUUGUACGUGAUGCUUUUGAGCUUGCGAAAGAGAAAUCUCCCUGCAUAAUUUUUAUUGAUGAAAUUGAUGCAAUCGGCACAAAACGGUUUGACAGUGAAGUCAGUGGGGACAGAGAGGUGCAGCGAACAAUGUUGGAAUUGCUCAAUCAGCUAGAUGGUUUUAGCAGUGAUGACCGGAUUAAGGUGAUAGCUGCUACAAACCGGGCUGAUAUUCUGGAUCCUGCCCUUAUGCGUUCUGGUCGAUUGGAUCGUAAAAUUGAGUUUCCACACCCCACUGAGGAAGCAAGAGCACGAAUCUUGCAGAUCCACUCGAGGAAAAUGAAUGUUCAUCCUGAUGUCAAUUUUGAGGAGUUAGCACGGUCUACUGAUGAUUUCAAUGGAGCACAACUUAAAGCUGUUUGUGUAGAGGCAGGCAUGCUAGCUCUUCGUAGAGAUGCAACUGAGGUUAACCAUGAGGAUUUCAAUGAAGGUAUAAUUCAGGUUCAAGCAAAGAAGAAAGCAAGCUUAAAUUAUUAUGCCUAGACAAAUAUGAGACAACUAAGAGGAUGUUGCCUUCGCGCGCGUAGGCCUAAGACUGCAGAAGCUGCAAUUGGGAAGCUUUGCUUAUAUAAAAAUCAGACUUUUUUUUUCCCCUUGGAAGUUGUUAUGCUUGCUGUGUUUUUCUUAGGUUCCAUUGUCAUAUGUAUUAACUAUAUGCAUUUGAAUCUUUAUUGGAGGAAAGAGGAAAAGCCAUUUUAGGCCAUUCUAAUUCUUAUUGUUGCUUGUGGCU